GGAAGCCUUCAAAAUUAAACAUUUUACAGCCGACUUGUUUUGGAACCAACCACUGAUUUGCAGAUGGAAUAAAAUAGCUUCAAGAAACCCUAUUACUCAUUUCCUAUCGUCAAUGUUCCUCGCAAUUCUUCAACUAUGAAGCGGAUGUUAAGAGUCUCACACCAUGAAUUGCUCUUUCACAAAUUCCUUGGAAUUCUUACAAAACCCUCUGCGAUUUCAUCUCCUUUUGGAGCAGCGGCGCAAUCGUACUGUGCCUCUUCAUCGUCAUCUCGAAACGUAUGGUCGAAUAUCGUUGGUCUGUUCGCAGGAAAUAGGAGCUAUGGCGAUUCAUUACUCAUGAAUGAUCUAAGAGAUAAGGUCUCGGAGUUGAGGGAUGAGCUAGUGAUGCACAGCGGCGAUGUUGAAAUCCUCCAUAAAUUAUUGGAAGAGAAAGGAAAUCCAUUGUUUCGAAAGUACCAGGAUGGUGUUGCAGUUGUUGAGCUCAUGAGGCAGCUAGGUUCGACCCCUCAGUUAGCCAUUGAGGUUUUCAAAUGGAGAAGAGAAAUAGACUAUGUCAUUCCUAUAGUAGCAGAGGAGUAUUCCAAGGGCAUUUGUAUGGCAGGUAGGUUGCAAAAUGUUGAUCUUGCUGCACAGAUCUUCAGCGAAGCUUCAAACAAGCGAGUAAAAACAGCAUCCAUCUAUAAUGCACUCAUGGGUGCAUACAUGUAUAAUGGUUUGGCUGUGAAAUGCCAAUCUUUAUUUGAAGACAUGAAGAAGGAAGCAAGCUGUUCUCCAACGAUAGUAACAUAUAACAUUCUUAUUUCUGUGUUUGGGCGGUUAUUGCUGGUAGAUCACAUGGAAGAAACCUUUCGAGAGGUUAAAGAUCUAAAUAUAUGUCCUAAUGUGACUACAUAUAACUAUUUAAUUGCUGGGUAUCUUACCGCAUGGAAAUGGGAUUGUAUGGAGAAGACUUUCGAAAUAAUGCAAGAAGACAUCAUAAAGCCUAACCUAUCUACAUUUUUACUUAUGAUGCGUGGAUAUGCUCAUGCAGGCAGCUUGGAGAAGAUGGAGGAAACUUAUGAGUUGGUCAAAGAUCACGUUGAUCACAAUGAAAUCGCAUUGAUCAGAACAAUGAUUAUUGCUUACUGUAAAAGUUCUGAUAUGAACAAAGUCCGCAAGGUUAAGGAAUUGCUGAAGCUGAUUCCGGAAAAUGAAUACCGUCCUUGGUUGAAUGCCCAACUUAUACUUUUAUACGCAAAAGAAGACCUAUUAGAAGAGAUGGAAACUUCAAUCAAUGAGGCAUUUGAUCAUAACACUAUAAUAAUGACAACUAAUGUGAUGAAAAGAAUAAUUUGUUGUUACUACAGGAAUAGUACAAUGGACAAGCUGUCUAAUUUUGUCAAACGUGCAGAGUGUGGUGGUUGGAAAAUUUGCAGAUCUCUAUAUCACUGUAAGAUGGUUAUGUAUUCUUCAAAUAGGAGGCUUGUUGAAAUGGAAAAUGUUCUAGAUGAGAUGGAGAAAGUGAACCUUGACUGGACAAAGAGAACACUAUGGAUAUUGUAUCAUGCAUAUUUUAGAUGGGGAGAAAACCGUAAACUUGAGCAAGUUGUGGGGGUGAUGUGCAAGCAGGGGUUUGGCAUGCCAUUGUCUUCAUGAAGUUUAUAGGGAUAUGCCACAAGCUUGAGUGGUAACUUUUAUUUCAGGUCAUCGCAGUCUGUCUCUGUAGUCUUUUUAUUUUUGAGUGGAGGAUUUUUCCUGUCAAGAUGUGCCAAUUCAUUUCAAUUUUUGGAGCUGCAUUAGCUUAACCUUUACUUUUGAGUGGAGGAUUUAUUCCUUGAAAUGUGCCAAUCCAUUUAACAGUUCUUGGAUUGUAUUUGCUUAAUCUUUGUGAUACAAUUUCCUGUAUGUGUGAGCAAUUAGCCACAUAGCUUAGUGCAAAACAAAGUGUUACCAUUGACAUUUCAGAGUACAAUGUUACCCCUCUUUAAAUGUAUAUAUAGUGACAUGUUUUCCCCUUCAAGCAAGGGUUUUCGGAACAAAUUAAUGUUGUAACUAGUUAAAAGUUACUCC